AUGGAACAAUCUCCAGAUUUCGUAGUAGCUGGAUUACGUGAUCUGUAUUGUCAGCGAUUAAUAGUGAAUCAUGACAUGUUUGUCCAGAAGAUUUUGCUACCACUUGAAUCGAGAAAUGAAAGCUUGGUUAAAUUGUUGCAACGAUCCAAAGACACUCAUGUGCCUUUUUUGCUAAGUUUGUGUGGUGUUACCAUGAGUGAUGCUACAUGUAUGGUUAAGUCAGCGAUAGCAAAUCGAUUUUGGAAAGCAUUGGUUGUCACAAAUGUUCCAAUAACUCUUCAAACGAUGAAAAAUCGUUUAACUAUUGCAAUUGAAAACGAGCAGACUUUCAAUGCAUUUGAGAUGUUGCAAGAAGCUAAAACACUGUUCAGCCUGGAACCGGAUGAGGAGCUAUUUACGAUUCUUUUGCAGGAGCUUUCAACUACUGGCAGUGUCAAUGAGGUGAACUUGAUGUUAUCAGAAGUAAAUAAGCAUGGAUUAUGUGUGAACAUGAAAAUGAAAGCUUCGCAAAUCUACUCUUAUCUCAAGAAUAACGACAGCAGCGUUUUACAGCUAAUCCAGGAUUCCAUAAAGCAAUAUGGAAAAGAAAUUGAGCCUCUAAUUUUGAUGACACGCUGUCAGGUUGCUAUAGAAAAACAUGAUAUUCAAAGUUUGAAGUUAUUAUUAAAUUCGACAGAAAUGUCAGUUAAAUUACUCAGUGAUGAAAUGGUAAUAAAACUGGUUUGGUUACUUGCUCAAAAUAGCAAUGAUUCGAUGGGAAAAGAAAACCAUCUUCUUUGCAUUAAACUACUGAGAGAAGUAAAAAAAGAUCGGGGGUUUUUGAAAUUAAUGGUUCGAGAAACAAAUCGACAUUCAAUCCAUAAAAUGUUCUAUUCCGCUCUCUCCUACUUCCAUAUUGACUUACAUGCAUGUGUCACAUCGAGUUCUGAUGAUGAUAUUGGACGACAUGUGAAUUGGAUUAAUUGUUUUUCAAAAGCGUUAAUAAGUGCAGAUAUGUCACUAGAUGAACUAAAAGAUUUGUUCAAUCAUAUCAACCAAAAUAUAUAUCAUGCGUACUUUUUGCUACAACACAUUUUGUUUUGUAUUUUGACUGAUCAAUUUCAUCCAGUUCUAAAGUCAUUACGGAUAGCGUUGGAACUUCUAAAAAUCUUGGACCCAAACUGUGCUAAAAUUCACGUCAUUAGGCCUUUACUUGUUCGUUCAUUCUCAGUUAAUGAUUGUCUUCAAAUAUUGUCGAGUUUCAUGUCAGCUGGUUAUACUGAUAUAGUUUAUUUGGAUCAGAGCGUUAUAAAAAAGCAUUUGAUUUACCCACUAAUCGCUGCAGAUGAUACUGUCAAAGAAGAGCGAAAAUUAAAUGUGGAACAUCUUACUCGUGUUUUGAAUAUCAUUAGAAAGGAACUGUCAGAAGAAAAUGUCUACAAUUUCUCGAAAUUUAUUUUAAUGCCAAAUAGCACUUCUGCGAAAUGGUUGGAAGAGCAAAUGGGCUAUUUUAAAACAAGUGAAGAUAGAAGAGGUGGCAUGUCAUUAGAAACCUUAAAAAAAUGCGUUUUCAAUGAGAAUUUGAAUGGAAUCCAAGAAUUCAUCAGAACUAGUGGUUUUGAUAACAUUCCAUCGCAACUUCUUCAGUCCAUUAUUAAGCUCAUCAUUCGUAAAGCAGAAUGGAAUAUGUUGAUAGAAUGUAUAAAGCGUUUACAUAAAUGUAAAAUUGGCGAAGAUUUUUUUACAAUUGUAGAUGCCAUAUCAGUUAUCAGUCGACAUUUAGAAGAAUUCAAAAGUCUGGAUAUGACCCUCGAUUUUAUUCAUUAUUUGCAAUCAAGUAUUGACUGUACUGUAAUCACUGAGUUUUAUCUGAUUACUGUUGACUUUUCAGAUACUCAUCUGUCAAAUUACCAUGUUCAAAAAUCGGUUAGAAAACUGGUGCAAACUACAUCAGAAGCGUUAAGCGAAGAUGUCCGAUCGCUGAUUUCAUGUUCACGAUUGUUUAGGAAACUUGCCGAUAAUAACUGGAUUCAUUGUGGUCCUUUUGAAACUAUCUCUACUCCAUUUGCUUCCGUAGCAUUAAAAAAGUUAGUAUUUGGCUUUGAAGAAGCCCUGAAAGUUUGCUGUAAUUUCCAGUUUUCUAAUUUUCCAAAUGGCAUCAUAUGUUUGCUGAUCUAUGCUGGUAAAAUUAAUGACGAGAUUCUAGUUAAUAGAGCAUUGUCUGCAUCUAGAAAAUAUUGGCCAGAAUGGAAAGUAACAGUUACGCAUGCUGCAGUUUUAAUUUACCUGGGGAAACUAAGAAAAGCGAGUGAUUUGCUUCAAAAGGUGCAUAAUUUUCAUCUUAAUUACCUCAAUAUCUUUUCCAAUUCUUUGGGCUACAACAUACAUGAUCGAGCUUGCAUCCGUUUGGCUAAAGAUUGCUUGGAAACUUGUUGUAAGUAUUAAGG